UUUGGGGUCACAAGUUUUUGCCAUGAAUAUUUUGUGGGUCAGAAGACAAAAUGUUUGGGAACCUCUGCAUUACAUUACAGCUGAUUGGAGUUUGAAUAGCAGUGGUCUUCAGACAAGGUUUUUCCUGGAUGACCACACAGGUGAAAAUAUUGCAAGUGGCUUGAAACAGUUUUUACAAGGAUGGAAACUUGACGAGGCCAAACAGGUGUGCCUGACCACAGACAGUGGAGCCAACGUGGUCAAAGCUGUCGCCUUGAACAAGUGGGCCAGGCUGUCCUGCUUCGGGCAUAAUUUGCACAUUGCUGUUG